GCUCAGUGACGGGUGAAUAUCUUCAUUUGCGUUUUAACAGGUAGACGAAUUUCAACCUUGUCCAGAAACAGUUGUUGGUGUUAAGAAUGGCGUCGCAAUCGGCAGAACGAACUAUAGAAGUGGAGCAAGACUCAGCGUCGGACAGCACAGACGAUGAUUCACAAUCGACGGGGAGUGACGGAGACGAAGUAAUAACACCCACACAAUACCCGUGUCCAGCACAGUGGACAUGUCCGGCCCUGGUACAGCAAUGUCCCUACCACCAUCCUGUCCACUCCCACAGAAGUCCAACAAAACGUGGUCGUCACCACGGGAAAAAUCGGGACAAGGAGAAUCACGGCGAACGGAGACAUGGACACGGGAGGCCCAAUGCCCCAGGCCACGAACACUCCGAUGCACAAGGUGAAGACAGCACUGAAGGCCAUCGCCAUGAAGGUGAAGGUCGCCACCGUCAGUCUGAAGAUCAUCACCAUGGCAGUAAAGGUCAUCGUCAUGGUUCAAAUGGUCACCAUCGUGGUAGAGGACAGCAUCGCCGUGGAGACGGUCACAGAUCAAGACAUGGACCUCAUGGAGGAAGAAGACAUGGGCGGCGUCGUGGCAGCUGUUCAAGCGAAGACGGAUCUGAUCUCAUCUUUAAGUGUGUUGAUGUUCAGGACUUCAAACAACAGGAGGUCAAGGUCACAGUGUCUGACGACACAGUGAAGGUCAAGGCUGUUAAUGACAGUGGGGAAAUAUCACGAGUGUUCAAGGUCACCAAGGAUUACGACAUAAGCAAGAUGCGAGUUUCGAGGUCCCGUUUUGGAGUUCUUACAGUAGCUGUUCCACCCAAAGAUUCCGGUGAAAAUGUGAAACAGGAUACCAGUAAAAAAUAGGAACCC